GGCCAGCCAGAGUCAGACUGAGACACAAAAGUUUCCGUUGUGCUGCAAAGAGAAACUGGGGUCUAUAUCUGAGUAUGUUGUAGAUGAAAUCAGAGAGAGUUACGCCACAUGGGGUGAGAGAUAGUGCCUGGGCACAAGAGCGUAAAAUGUUGAGUAAGAAGGGGAGGAGAGAACAGGGCAGGAGAGGGGUUGUUUAGGAAGGGUGAGUGGUUAUUUGUCUCUUGUUCUGCCCUCCCUUGCUCUCUCUCUUUCAGGGUUUUCUCUUUAUACUUUCUCUUUACAAACUGAACGGGAAAGAGACUGUUUAAAAAAUAUUGGCUACUUCUGGAGAACUGACCAAGGAAAUUGAGGAUUUAUGAAGUGAGGACUUUAUGAAUGCAGGCUUGAAAAAACACAAUUUUUGAAAGAUUGUUUGUAAACAGUUUUGAGAGAUUAUUUGUUUGCACUUUUCUGGAUAAGACGUUUCCCCUCCACUCUUUCUAAACCACAGCAGUUGUCUCCAUUCCUGUUGGACUAUGGUAUAUUCUGGCGCUCUGCCCCUAUCUGGGUUACCUGAUUUCAUUGAAUUACUGAGGAACACCAGUGAAGAUAUAUUGGAUAAAGUGUGCUCUUUUCAACUCGAGCUGUCAACCAUAAAGAUACAAUGACAUCAUUUACUAAGCUGUCCAUGCCAGACAUGACAGACAUCUAGACCACUCCCUCAUUCAACUGUCACAGAUAGGGCUGCCAGACACAAACCGCCAGGCUGCACUGAACAGAUCCCACUCGGACUAACACACCACAACCAGGAAUCCCUCCUCAGGACAAUGGCCACAGGAGGGAACGGGCUAGGAUCUGACCGGAGCCUGACAUCCACCUCCCAGCCGCCCAGUGCCUCUGACCGGAGCCUGAAAUCCACCUCCCAGCCGCCCAGUGCCUCUGACCGGCGGCAGGUGGACAAGGCCCUGAAGAGGCUGGAGAAGCUGCAUCGGCUGUGUACCAACCCCAGGCUGGGCCUGAGGAACAGCCCCCCGUACCUCCCUGAGGUGGUCUCAGAGACAGCCACGCUGCUCACCCAGGUGUGGGAGCCGUACAGGGGGCCUGCAGCAAGGGGGCAGGCCCCCCGGGGGGACGAGGGGGAGUACCUGAGGAUCCAUGCAAGACACCUGCUGGAUAAGACUAACCGGGCCGUGCUGCUGUUUAAAGAGGGGCGCGAUAAGAUGUUCGAGGAGAUGUCCAGCUACAGGAGAAACUUGACCAAGCUGUCCCUGCUCUUCAGUCACAUGCUCUGGGAGCUGAGGGCCAUGUUUCCAGAGGGAAGCUUUCAAGGCGACACCUACAGGCUGACUAAGACAGAGGCCGGAGAGUUCUGGAGGCGAGCAUUUGGAAACAAGUGUAUUGUACAGUGGAGCAGUUUUAAGCAGCAUCUCCGUAGGGUCCAUUGCUUUGAAGAGGGGAUGGAGUCCAUGGCUCUAAAGUCCACUGUAGAUCUCACCUGUAACGACCACAUCUCAGUGUUCGAGUUUGACAUCUUCACCAGGCUAUUCCAGCCCUGGAGGUCUCUUCUGAGGAACUGGAACCAGUUGGCAGUGACCCACCCCGGCUACAUGGCCUUCCUCACCUACGACCAGGUCAAAGCCCGCCUCCAAAACUACCUGCACCGGCCCGGGAGCUACAUCUUCCGUCUGAGCUGCACUCGGAUGGGCCAGUGGGCCAUUGGUCAUGUGACAGGUGAUGGCAGCAUCGUACAGACGAUCCCCCAGAAUACACCUCUCUACCAGGCCCUCAUCCAGGGCUUCAGGGAGGGCUGCUAUCUUUACCCUGACGGACGUGAUGUGAACCCAGACCUCACCAGUCUGUGUGAACCAGCACAGAGAAGCAGGGUCAAAGUCACAGAGGACGAGUAUGAGAUGUACUGUGAGAUGGGUAGUACCUUCCAGCUGUGUAAGAUCUGUACAGAGAGAGACAAGGACACACGCAUCCAGCCCUGCGGACACCUGCUGUGCCAACCCUGCCUCACAGGAUGGCAGAAGUCGGAUGGACACACCUGCCCAUACUGUCGCUGUGACAUCCGAGGGACAGAGUCCAUCCUGGUGGAGCCUUACCUGUCUGUCAGCGAGGAAGAGGAAGAUGAAGAUGACCUGGAGGAUGUACAGCUAGUCAUGAAAAAACUGGCCUAUAUGAAGAGGAUGUCGUCUGAAGAGUACCAGUUCCCCACCUCUCGCCUGGCUCCACCCCUCCCUCCCAAACACAGCACCUUCUCUCACUGCCCUUCCCCACAAAGCCCCUUACGGCCCUCCGAUAUACUGGCCAAAUACUCCCACUCUAACUCGCGUUCUGCUCACAAUGACACCCCCUCAGACAGAGCGCACACACACCACACUGCCAGCACUAACAGAUGCCAGUGGGAGGAGCUAGCUAGUAGUGAGGAGGAGAAUUCUGGGGGGUUCAGACAACCGCCCACACUCCCAAUCUCUCACAGUGAGGAUUCUGUCUCAGAGCCAAACCUCCCCUCCUGUUCCGUCUCCUCCCAGUCCUGUGGAGAGGUUGAAGUCAGAAGUUUAUAUACACCUUAGCCAAAUACAAAUAAGUUUAUUACAAAUAUGUUUUUCACAAUUCCUGACAUUUAAUCCUAGUAAAGAUUCUCUGUCUUAGGUCAGUUAGGAUCACCACUUUAUUUUAAGAAUGUGAAAUGUCAAAAUAAUAGUAAAGAGAAUGAUUUAUUUCAGCUUUUAUUUCUUUCAUCACAUUCCCAUUGGGUCAGAAGUUUACAUACACUCAAUUCGUAUUUGGUAGCAUUGCCUUCAAAUGGUUUAACUUGGGUCAAACAUUUCAGGUAGCCUUCCACAAGCUCCCCACAAUAAGUUGGUUGAAUGUUGGCCCAUUCCUCCUGACAGAGCUGGUGUAACUGAGUCAGGUUUGUAGGCCUCCUGACAGAGCUGGUGUAACUGAGUCAGGUUUGUAGGCCUCCUGACAGAGCUGGGGUAACUGAGUCAGGUUUGUAGGCCUCCUGACAGAGCUGGUGUAACUGAGUCAGGUUUGUCGGCCUCCUGACAGAGCUGCUGUAACUGAGUCAGGUUGGUAGACCUCCUGACAGAGCUGGUGUAACUGAGUCAGGUUUGUAGGCCUCCUGACAGAGCUGGUGUAACUGAGUCAGGUUUGUAGGCCUCCUGACAGAGCUGGGGUAACUGAGUCAGGUUUGUAGGCCUCCUGACAGAGCUGGUGUAACUGAGUCAGGUUUGUCGGCCUCCUGACAGAGCUGCUGUAACUGAGUCAGGUUGGUAGACCUCCUGACAGAGCUGGUGUAACUGAGUCAGGUUUGUAGGCCUCCUGACAGAGCUGGUGUAACUGAGUCAGGUUUGUAGGCCUCUUGACAGAGCUGGUGUAACUGAGUCAGGUUUGUAGGCCUCCUGACAGAGCUGGUGUAACUGAGUCAGGUUUGUAGGCCUCCUGACAGAGCUGGUGUAACUGAGUCAGGUUUGUAGGCCUCCUGACAGAGCUGGUGUAACUGAGUCAGGUUUGUAGGCCUCCUGACAGAGCUGGUGUAACUGAGUCAGGUUUGUAGGCCUCCUGACAGAGCUGGGGUAACUGAGUCAGGUUUGUAGGCCUCCUGACAGAGCUGGGGUAACUGAGUCAGGUUUGUAGGCCUCCUGACAGAGCUGGUGUAACUGAGUCAGGUUUGUAGGCCUCCUGACAGAGCUGGUGUAACUGAGUCAGGUUUGUAGGCCUCCUGACAGAGCUGGGGUAACUGAGUCAGGUUUGUAGGCCUCCUUGCUCGCACACGCUUUUUUAGUGCUGCCCACAAAUUGUCUAUAGGGUUGAUGUCAGGGCCUUGUGAUGGCCACUCCAAUACCUUAACUUUGUUGUCCUUAAGCCAUUUUGCCACAACUUUGGAAGUAUGCGUUGUCCAUUUGGAAGACCCAUUUGCGACCAAGCUUUAACUUCCUGACUGAUGUCUUGAGAUGUUGCUACAAUAUAUCCACAUCACUUUCCGUUCUCAUGAUGCCAUCUAUUUUGUGAAGUGCACCAGUCCCUCCUGCAGCAAAGCAACCCCACAACAUGAUGCUGCCACUCCCGUGCUUCACGGUUGGGAUGGUGUUCUUUGGCUUGCAAGCCUCCCCCUUUUUCCUCCGAACAUAAGGAUGGUCAUUAUGGUCAAACAGUUCUAUUUUUGUUUCAUCAGACCAGCGGACAUUUCUCCAAAAAGUACAAACCUUUGUAUUUUGGUACAAACCAAAGUACAUUCAUCUCUAGGAGACAGAACACUUCUCCUUCCUGAGCGGUAUGACGGCUACGUGGUCCCAUGGUGUUUAUACUUGCGUACUAUUGUUUGUACAGAUGAACGUGGUACCUUCAGGCGUUUGGAAAUUGCUCCCAAGGAUGAACCAGACCUGUGGAGUUCAACCAUUUUUAUGCUGAGGUCUUGGCUGAUUUCUUUAGAUUUUCCCACAAUGACAAGCAAAGAGGCUCUGAGUUUGAAGGUAGGCCUUGAAAUACAUCCACAGAUACACCUCCAAUUGACUCAAAUGAUGUCAAUGAGCCUAUCAGAAGCUUCUAAAGCCAUGACAUACCUUUCUGGAAUUGUCCAAGCUGUUUAAAGGCAGAGACAACUUAGUGUAUGUAAACUUCUGACCAACUGGAAUUUAGAUACCAUGAAUUGUAAUUUCAAUUAUCUGUAUGUAAACAAUUGUUGGAAAAAUGACUUGUGUCAUGCACAAAGUAGACUAACUGACUUGCCAAAACAAUAGUUUGUUAACAAGAUAUUUGUGGAGUGGUUGAAAAACGAGUUUUAAUAACUCCAACCUUAGUGUAUGUAAACUUCCGACUUCAACUGUAUAUAUUCCUAUCUAACAUUUAUCUUGAAGGUGGAGCAGCCUGGUUAGGGGCUUCAGAUGAAGUGAAACAGAAGAAGAGAUACAAAUAAAGGAGUGAAAGGAUGUCAGAGCUCGGGAACAGCCAGAGAGAGCGGGAGAGAACCAUGUCCUGACGCUGGGAGAAAAGAUAAGCACAACAUCUCUGACUCAAGAAUGGAUGGAUAAUUGGAAUAAGAAAGGUUGAUUUCCACUGUUCCUGAUAAACAGCCAUUGUUAAUCUUAUGUACAUGUAUCUUAUGUAUGCCUUAAUAUGGAGGGAGAAUGCCCUGUUGAUCUACUAAUAAUGACAUCAAAGUGAAUGGAGAAGGACAGACUGAUGGAGCAACUCACUGAUGCCCUCUGCUGCACAGCAAACAGAGUAAGCUGCUGCACAGCAAACAGUGUCAGCUGCUGCACAGCAAACAGUGUCAGCUGCUGCACAGCAAACAGAGUAAGCUGCUGCACAGCAAACAGAGUAAGCUGCUACACAGCAAACAGAGUCAGCUGCUGCACAGCAAACAGAGUUAGCUGCUGCACAGCAAACAGAGUAAGCUGCUGCACAGCAAACAGAGUAAGCUGCUACACAGCAAACAGAGUAAGCUGCUACACAGCAAACAGAGUAAGCUGCUACACAGCAAACAGAGUCAGCUGCUGCACAGCAAACAGAGUCAGCUGCUACACAGCAAACAGUGUCAGCUGCUGCACAGCAAACAGUGUCAGCUGCUGCACAGCAAACAGAGUAAGCUGCUGCACAGCAAACAGAGUAAGCUGCUGCACAGCAAACAGAGUAAGCUGCUGCACAGCAAACAGAGUUAGCUGCUGCACAGCAAACAGUGUCAGCUGCUGCACAGCAAACAGAGUAAGCUGCUACACAGCAAACAGAGUUAGCUGCUGCACAGCAAACAGUGUCAGCUGCUGCACAGCAAACAGAGUUAGCUGCUGCACAGCAAACAGUGUCAGCUGCUGCACAGCAAACAGAGUUAGCUGCUGCACAGCAAACAGAGUAAGCUGCUACACAGCAAACAGAGUUAGCUGCUGCACAGCAAACAGAGUUAGCUGCUGCACAGCAAACAGAGUAAGCUGCUACACAGCAAACAGAGUUAGCUGCUGCACAGCAAACAGAGUUAGCUGCUGCACAGCAAACAGUGUCAGCUGCUGCACAGCAAACAGAGUAAGCUGCUGCACAGCAAACAGAGUUAGCUGCUGCACAGCAAACAGAGUCAGCUGCUGCACAGCAAACAGAGUUAGCUGCUGCACAGCAAACAGAGUCAGCUGCUGCACAGCAAACAGAGUCAGCUGCUGCACAGCAAACAGAGUCAGCUGCUGCACAGUUCCAAUAACAGGUCACAUCCUUCCAUUGCUUGAUGUGUGUAUGUAGGGCAUUGAAAAUAUGCUACCUCAUAAUUUACUCCAUACUUAAAACAUAUUGCAAACCUAGGCUUUAAUUCAUGACUGCAAAUUACAGUGUGGGGCAGAGUCCUUCAGAACUUUGUCCAGGAUGUAUGGCUAGUACGGUAUAUAGCCUGCAUACUAUAGUUGUAUGUUAAUAUGAUCAAACAUGAAACCCAAAUAAAUAUUUUGCACAUCC